AUGGCUGCCGGGAGAUCCCUUCGUAUUGGGAGUCUGGUUGAGAAGAGAGCUCCUGGGCCAAGGCCUAUCGUCCAGGUGCCGAAUACAGGGGCCCCUGAUGCCAGCACUUCCGGCUCUGGUAAGUCCCCUUUAGCAAUACAUUAUGUCCCUCCUGUUAGCGAAUAUGCUAGCCUUAGGCCUCCACCGUUGCUAGAGCUCACACUUCCUGAUGCUCCCCUUCCUCCAACUUCUUCCCAGAUGGUUACCCCUGCGAAGGCUUCUUCCAGUGCCCUUCCUGAGGAGGAGGUACUUCCUGAGGAAGCUAAAGAAGGUGAAGAAGAGCAAGAGGUUGCUUUGAUUCGCAAGCGCAAAGGCAAAAUGGUAGCUGAGGAGGUACCUAAACGGCCGCGGAGAGUGGACACUCCGGCCCUGAGCCAUGAUUCCGGGAUCCCUCCCGAGGUGGAGGAAUUUACAGUGUCUCCCAACAUAGUGCUGACUCCGGUUCCCAGAGAUGAGGCGAGGCAGGAGCUUCGGAUAGCCAAGUACAAUUACGCCAUGGACGAGUACUCUCGGGGGUAUGCUGAGGUGGAGGCCUUUAGGAGGGUUUUGCGAGAUCUUGCUGCAGAGGCCGGCCGCCUUUCCAAGAACCUAAUCAAUCACGGCUUCGUCUUUUCCGAAUUUGGGGGCAUAGACGAAGUCGUGAAGACCCUACAGGACCUGUCUGCUGAAAGGCGGACGUUCCAAGAGGAGGCGGCGCGGCAGGAGGCCCUUGCUAAGGCCAAGUUCGAGGAAGAGGCUAAGCAAAGGGAAGCCCAAGCGGAGCCGAUGAUUAGAGAGGAGGUCCUUUGGAGGGACAGGCUGGAAGCCAAGCACCAGGAAGCACUGAGGGCGGAGGGUGAGGCUGUUGCCAAGGCCAGGCGUGAGCUUCGGGAGGCUAGGGAGGCCUUAGACGAAAUGGCUGCCAAGUGUGGUUGA